AUGAUUACUGAUCGCUUUCCCUUAAGGGUAAAGCUAGGUGGACCUGUUUUAGAUGUGAUGAACCUAUUUCAAAUAAGGGAAGACCUUACUGAAGCACAAGCCACCGUUUCGAAUUCAAGAAAUGCUCUCGCCAAGACAAGAAUUACACCCUCAAGAAAGGGAGAAGUAUCGCAACAUAGAGACGAAGAGGAGGCUCUUAAAUAUGCCGCCAAGAAAAGAGAAUAUUUAAACAACUAUUAUCUUAGUGAAAGUAUUUUUUCAGAGUUUCAACGAAUAUUAGUCGAUAUCGCAGAGGAAGAACGAGGAGCACGUCAACGGUUAGAUGUGUUUCAUAAAGAUAUCAAGAGUAGGGCUGUUAAUGCUCGACGAGCAGAGUAUUUUAUGAGUACUAAGUGUGUAGUUGAACGUUUCGAAAUGGAAGAACGUGCAUAUGAAGACAAGGUACGUAUGAUGCAGGAACAUGCGGAUUAUUUGCUUUCUUUGAAAAUAGUAGAAGAGGAACAACGACAGGUAGCCAUACGUCGAGCACAGACUAGACGAAUGCAAUGUUUGCAACAGUCAACUGGUGUCUCAGUACCCUAUGGAGUACCGGGAACUAACAAUAUGUAUUAUUCUCCAUCCCCUGCUUAUGGUUAUGGUAGACCACCACCACCACCGCAACAACCACAACUACUACAAUCACAACAGUAUGCUAAUAAUCCAAUUCCGAUGCAAACUCGCCCUUAUGAGUUGCCACCAGCUUUUCUGGAAAUGCAAGAACGACGUAAAAUGGGUAUACAACAGCAACAACAACAACAACCACAGACUGGAUUUUACGCGUCAUCAUCUCCAGUGCCUUAUGUCCCCAUGAAUUAUGGUCCAUCAGUACCUUUGCAACCACAGUUUCCACAGCCGCAACAACAGCAACAACAACAACAACCAUACUGGGCAAACUAUCCUCCUGGUCAACCGGGAAGGUAUGGAUAUCAGGGGCUUUGA